UUUGCAAAUCAUGACAUGUACACAUGUGAUCACAGGGGUCCAACAUAUGGUUAUAGGGGGAAAGUGGUUCGUGCAUUUGAAGAUAAUGAGGCCUCUAAGAUCGGCGUCAGGUUCGAUAAAUCAAUUCCAGAAGGCAAUGAUCUUGGUGGUCUCUGCGAGGAAGACCAUGGUUUUUUUUGUGCUGCUGACUUGCUCCGCCUUGAUAGCUCGAGCAGUGAUGAUAUUGAUAAACUGGCCAUUGAUGAACUCUUUGAGGUUGCUUCAAAAGAAAGUAAAAGUAGUGCAUUAGUUUUACUUGUCAAAGACAUUGAGAAGUCUAUGGUGGGAAAUCCUGAGGCCUAUGCUGCUUUCAAGGUUAAACUUGAACAUUUACCAGAGAAUGUUGUUGUCAUAGCUUCCUAUACCCAAACAGACAACCGAAAGGAGAAAUCACAUCCUGGUGGACUGCUGUUUACAAAGUUAGGAAGUAACCAAACAGCAUUGCUUGACCUUGCCUUCCCAGAUAAUUUUGGUAGGUUGCAUGAUAGAAGCAAAGAAACCCCUAAAACAAUGAAGCAGCUCACCCGUCUUUUCCCCAACAAAGUUACAAUACAGCUACCUCAGGAUGAAGCAUUAUUAUCUGACUGGAAGCAACAGCUAGAACGGGAUAUUGAAACUUUGAAAUCUCAGUCAAACAUCGCAAGCAUUCGCAAUGUUUUGAGUCGUAUAGGAAUUGAUUGCCCUGACCUCGAAACUUUAUGCAUAAAAGAUCAAGCAUUAACAAGUGAGAGUGUGGAAAAGAUAAUAGGCUGGGCCUUGAGCCACCACUUUAUGCACAAAUCUGAGUCGUCAAUAAAAGAGGCCAAGCUGGUUAUCUCCGGUGAAAGCAUUGGUUAUGGGCUCAAUAUUUUGCAAGGCAUCCAAAAUGAAACCAAGAGUCUGAAAAAAUCUCUCAAGGAUGUGGUUACUGAGAAUGAUUUUGAAAAAAGACUACUUGCGGAUGUUAUUCCGCCUUGCGAUAUUGGGGUUACUUUUGAUGACAUUGGGGCCCUGGAAAAUGUCAAGGAUACUUUGAAAGAGUUGGUGAUGCUGCCACUUCAGAGGCCUGAAUUGUUCUGUAAAGGACAGCUAACAAAGCCUUGCAAGGGAAUAUUGCUUUUUGGGCCCCCUGGUACCGGUAAAACAAUGCUUGCAAAAGCUGUUGCUACGGAGGCUGGUGCGAACUUUAUUAACAUAUCUAUGUCAAGUAUUACUUCAAAGUGGUUUGGUGAAGGAGAGAAGUAUGUCAAAGCAGUCUUCUCAUUAGCUAGUAAAAUAGCUCCAAGUGUUGUUUUUGUUGAUGAGGUGGAUAGCAUGCUAGGAAGACGAGAAAAUCCUGGCGAGCAUGAAGCCAUGCGGAAAAUGAAGAAUGAAUUCAUGGUGAAUUGGGAUGGCUUGCGUACAAAGGACAAGGAGCGAGUGCUUGUACUUGCUGCAACCAAUAGACCAUUCGACCUUGAUGAAGCAGUUAUUAGGAGGCUUCCACGAAGGCUGAUGGUAAACCUGCCAGAUGCUCCGAACAGGGAGAAAAUUUUGAGAGUGAUAUUGGCCAAGGAAGAGUUAGCACCAAAUGUUGAUCUCAAAGCUAUUGCUAAUAUGACUGAGGGUUAUUCUGGGAGUGAUUUAAAGAAUUUGUGUGUCACAGCUGCUCAUUGCCCAAUUAGAGAAAUUUUGGAGAAAGAGAAAAAGGAAAGAGCAUUGGCAGUUGCAGAGAGCAGGCCUGUCCCUGCAUUGCAUAGUAGUGCGGACAUUCGUCCUCUUAACAUUGAUGAUUUUAAAUAUGCACAUGAACAGGUAUGUGCUAGUGUAUCAUCAGAAUCGGCAAACAUGAAUGAACUUCUCCAGUGGAAUGAAUUAUAUGGUGAAGGUGGAUCAAGGAAGAAGAAAUCUCUCAGCUAUUUCAUGUAGAGACAUUUGAACUGUAUAGCAUUGCUUUAUUUAUUUGGUACUUAAAUCUACCCAAGAUGGUAGCAGCGAACCUGCAUGCAUGGAAAUCCAUGUCAGGUUCCCCGGAGUCCCUCCCCCGUUGGCCAAAUGUGGCGAAUGUGUAUUAUAGUUAGUUUUAUAGGUAUUUAUAUCAGCAAGUGCAGGUUAUGAAAUAUCUAUCUGAAGCUUGUCUUCCAAUUUUCACCUGAUUAGAUCUCUGUAUAUACCAAUUGAUUUAUUUAAUAAACAGUCUCAUGUCUUUCGACUUUUUG